AUGGACAAAAAACAAAAAUGCUUCAAUUGUAAGGUAAAUGAUGCCAAGAUUGAAAAUGUGAAAAUAGUCUGUAAAACUAGACAGGCUAAGCGUAUAACUACUAAAGAUAAUUCCGAAGUUAUACUUUGUGGCGAAUGUUUUACCAAAAUUCAAGAAACUAAAGAAUUAAGCCAAAAAAUCAAAGCACUUCAAGAAAAGAUUUUAGAUGAAGGACAUCCCGAACUAAAAACCAGCACUCAAUUUUACAAAGAUGGAAAAAGAAUAAGUAAGGAAUAUGCCCAAGAAUUUAAAACCUUGCUUGAACCUUUGCGAGGUAAAACCGAAGAAGAAUUAAGCAAAAUAUUUCCUGAAAAACAAGAAUUUAAAGUCUUAACCAAGGGAGCAAGAGAAAAAAGUAUUGUUCGCUUUUUCUCGGAAUUCUUACAAGAACUAGAAGAUGUAAUUACAGGUAAAGCAACCAAAGAUGAACCAAAAGAAGAUACACCAAAUUCAGAACCAAAACCUAACCCUUCGAAUGAUAAAGAUAGAUGUAGAUGUGAAUAUCGCCCCAAAGAAUUUGGAGGACAAGGAAAAAUUUGGGAAUUGGCGGAGGGAGAUUUAAAAAGUGAAGAAUACAAUGAAAACAAAGAUUUAGUGGCUUGCCCCCAAUGUUCACGGCAGGAAAAAUACAAAAACUUCCCUAAAAGAGAAUUUAAGGCUAAUGAAGUAGGCAACAGAGGACAUCAAAUGAGCAUCACAAUUAUUUAUGGUGCCAAAAAUGAAAGUAAUAAAAUUCCCCAAGAUAACAGAAAAGGAGAGUUUGACAUUUUGGUUUACAUUGCCCUUGUGCGGAACAAUUCAAAAGGGAAAACCAGCAAACUUGCGGACAAUGCCAAAAGCAAGAAUGACCUGACAUGGCAAAAGUUGAGCAUAACUCUUUCGGAUGGUAGCCAGUCGCAAAAUUCCUCCAAUAAUUCAACUAACCAAAUCGACCAAGAGGCUACCAAACAAGAAUUAUUGUAUUACCGAAAAAGUCUUGAAGAACUAAAAAAACAGUUAGAAAGUAGCAAACAAAAACCUAGCGAACAAUUAAAACCUAAUGAAGUUAAACAUCAACAGGAACAAGUUAACUAUUUAUUAACUCUUCACCAAAAUACCCAACAGCAAGUGGAAAAUGCCUAUCAAGCGAAAUAUGGUAAAACUGCUCUUAAUUCUUUGUUGGCAAAUUUGGAAAAGCAAGAGCAAAUAAAUCAGCAACCUAAAAAGAAUUAUUGA